AUAUCUGUGAACUUAUCGAACUGCUAGUGGCAAUGAAGAGAGUGGAGGAAUUGCGAAAUCGUUCUCGUAAACGCAGAGAGCUACUUGCGAAACAAUUCUGUCUGUCGAAUGAGGGGUGCCUCUCAUCUCUUCUUCACAGUAGAUAUGAAUUAAAGAUGCAACAGGAUGGUGUCAUUAAGUAUGGAGACAAGUGGCAGUCGAUUGCAAAACGGUUUGCUGUUGCCACUAUUAGGGCGAAAGAAAGAGAGGAAGGGAGAGAGAACCAAAAUGACACAACAGAAGAGAAGAAAGAAGGAAGCAAUGGUCUUGAGGAAACUACUGUUUACAAGGAUUCAACCACUUUUCUAAAGGGAACUCAGAGUGCUAAUCCACACAAUGACUAUUGCCAACACUUCCUUGAUACUGGACAGCGACCACAGAAUUUCAUCCGAGAUGCUGGUAUUGCUGAUCGUUUUGAGGAAUAUCCCAAACUGAAAGAACUUAUCAGACUAAAAGAGCUGAAACUACAAGAAAGAGCAACACCUCCCAUGUAUUUGAAGUGUGAUCUCGAGACGUUUGACUUGAAGUCACUUGAGAUGAAGUUUGAUGUUAUUCUUGUCAACCCUCCACUGGAGGAAUAUCAGAGACGAGCAUCUGGAGUCACGUUUAGUCAAAGACCAUGGAGAUGGGAAGAGAUUGUAAAGUUGGAGUUGGAGUCGAUUGCAUCUCCAAGAAGUUUUAUGUUCCUCUGGUCUGGAUCUGCUGAAGGACUUAACUGGGGACGGGAUUGUUUAAGGAAAUGGGGAUUCCGUCGCUGUGAAGACAUUGCAUGGAUAAAAACAAAUUUCAAGAACCCGGGAGCAACACCUUACAUGGAACCAACUGCUGUAUUUCAACAUUGCAAGGAACACUGCCUAAUGGGAAUACGUGGAACAGUCAGGCGUAGCACAGACACAGACUUCAUUCACUCAAAUGUUGACAUCGACCUGAUCAUCACAGAGGAACCAGCAUAUGGCAGCACAGAAAAACCGGCAGAGAUCUUCUCAAUCAUAGAACACUUCUGUCUUGGUCGUCGGAGACUCUACCUGUUUGGUGAUGACAGCACUGUGCGACCAGGCUGGCUGACACUUGGCCCAGACCUCUCAAGCUCAAACUACUCUAAAGAAACAUACAACAACUACUUCGAAAAGACUGACGAUCUAGUGUUAGGGUUUCAUCAAGAGAUUGACAGUCUUAGACCAAAGUCGCCACCACCUAAAGUAAAGCAACCACGACAGCCACCUGCACAGGCUCCUCCUGUCAGCAUGCAGCCAGCAUAUGGCAUGGCACAUAUGAAUCCUGGAUAUCCACCUACGUACCAUUCUAUGUAG